AUGGCUCGAAAUCUAGCGCUUGAGUUCAAACCUAUUCGUGUUAAUUUUGUGAGUCCUGGGCUUGUGGAUACGGAGAUGUGGGAUGCUAUUAUGAGUCCCGAGGUCAAAGGGGGAAUGUUUGAUUAUUUGGCGGGAAAGCAUCCUACAGGAAAGGUUGCAACAGCUGCUGAUAUUGCUGAAGCUUAUAUCUAUUUGAUGAAGGAUAGUAAUAUUUCAGGUCGUAUCAUUUCAACAGACUCGGGAUCUUCACUUGUCUAGGAUUUCGAAAACUUGUCAAGGUUCUUUCGGAGGCUUAA